UCGAUUAGGUAUUGUUUUAUGAAAAUAGUGGGUUUCAGACUUUGGUGUUGUGAUCAAUAAUUUAUAGUUCAGUAUCGAAAAUUGUAUGCAACUACGGAUCUAAAUUUGGUAACAAAUAAUGGCAAAUAAAGAAGAUGAAGAGACAUUUCAAGAGGACGAUGUCUAUAUAAACCCCGAAGAUGGAAUGCCUAAUAUUCAUCCUAACAUUGCAGAUAUAGAUCAUGGAAAUGAUUCUCUAAAUGAAAUAAACGAUUUGGAUGACUUACCUAAGUCUGUGAUCGUAACAAACAUUCAUAGUAACGUUUUCACCGACGAUAAUUUAAAGAAUGAAUUAGAAGCUCUUUUUCGUACAUUUGCGGACAAUAUAACGUUUCAGUGGUUAAAGAGUUUUAAGCGCUUACGUGUUAAUUAUGACAGUCCGCUCGCAGCGGCUACCGCUCGUGUUCGUCUCCAUCAGUAUAAAUUUUAUAAUUCAUGCAUUAACUGUUAUUUUGCACAACCAGUAACACCAAUUUCUUUAAAAAACCUGCGACCACCCGCUCCUGUAAAACAAUUUUUGAUUUCGCCUCCAGCAAGUCCACCUAUUGGAUGGGAGCCACGUGAGGAAGGUGAGCCAAUAGUGAAUCCGGACUUAUUGGCUGCUAUAGCCAGCCUAGCACCAGGAGAGAGCCAUGAGUUACAUGCACCAACUCCCACUCAACCUGCUAUUGUGGUACAUACGGCUUUACCUACUGAUACCAAUGCUCCAAGUCAUGUUGGAGUCCCAAUACCACAUACUCGUUGCCCUGAAUAUUAAUUCACAGUGUUAAUGAAGGAUAGGAUUUUCUUUAGGAAGAGAAUUUAUUUUUAAAGUAGACGGUUAAUCUUUUUUUUCUAUCACAUGUCAACUUUUAUGACUCGUGAUGCCAAAGACAAUUGCUAAACUCAUUUGUAGUUUUAUCAAAACCUAGGUGUUUAUUGAACAAACAAUUUGUAACACUAAGGUUAUGCUUAUAAAAUAACAGCUUAUAAGUUUGUUUCAUUUGGCAAGAAAAAUGUAAAAAAUUAAAUUGGUGCUAUUUUUUAAUAUUUAUAUUGCUUGUGUUUGUAUAAUAGAAUAUAGAAAAUUCAUAGUUUAUUAUUUAUUGUAUGAUGGCGAAUCAUAUGUAUUAAAAAACAAUAUUUAUUGUCACUACACAAUGAAUGUACUAAAUACUUAAUCGUGUGAUUUGACAUGACAAAUUUUCUUUAAAGAUUUCUAAUACAUACAGGGUACAUACAUACUUUGUAUUUUAUUUAUAAUAUGUUAUAACAAAAUAAGUAUAAAGAUGUUUAUGAUAAUACUUAAAAAAGUUGAAAAGUAUUUUUAAAUUCUAUUGAAUGCUGUAGUGUCAAUGAAUGUUGUAAUGCUUCCUUAAUAUUAAUGAAAAUAAAAUAAAUUUAGUGAACAAAAUUAUAAUAUAGUUUACACUCACAUAUCAAACACGAAAAUCCAAACAGAUUAGUGUAUUCUUUCAUUUCUAUAUUUACAUAUACAUAUAUGCUCAAAGACAGAUCUUGCAUCUAAAAAAUAAUUGAGUUUUUUAUUUUUUUAAAUACUUUUUUGACACUUUAUUUUCAAGCAUCUAAUAUUGUCAAAUGCCAAUGACUUAUUAUACAAAGCAUAAAAUAAAUAAUAUAGUUAUGACUUGUAACUUAUACAAAGCCUAAAAUAAACAUAAUAGUAAAAUAUACUUACAGCUUAUCAUAGUUUCAUGCCGAGGAAGAGGUGCCUCAUGUUUAUUGCUGAUUGUUACGAGAUGUCUAACCUUUUAACUUUCAGACUCUUUAUUGAACAUUUUAAAAGGAAAAGUUAAAGAAAACAUUUAUAUUUAUAAUAAAUAUGAAGUAUAAACUAAUCUUUAAUUAAAGUUAAUAACUGUGGGUAGAUCAUGACUUACCAUUUCAUUCUUUAUGAAUAACUACUAAUGAAAACUAGUAAGAGAAUUAAGCACCCCUAGAACUUUUUUUAUAUUGAUUGAAGUACUAUUAACACAAUAUUUUCACCUUAUAUAAAGUGUGUUCUAGGCCAAUUACAAUCAGUAUAUGAAGGUAUAGUUAAAGAUUUACAUAUAAAAAAUUUAAUUUAAACCUAACUUGAUUUAAUUUGAAGUUCAUCAAUAAUAAUGUGAUAAAACAAUCGUAAAUUUCGGUAAUUAAAACAAUACAAUAUGACUUAUGUAUAUAUGCAAAGAAUUUGGAAUAAAAAAAGUAAUUGUCCAAGAUAUUUAGAUUCCUCUUUUGUUUGAAUAACAUUCAUAUUUUAGAGACUAAAAUCAAAGUAGUAAAAAUGAUAAAGCAAUUUGUCUAACAAAAUAAUGAAAUGAAACAAAAUAUUGAAAAAGUCCAUAUAGAUGGAAAAGUUUUUUAUAGGAUUCUUGAUAAUAGAGCAUUUACAAUGUAAUAGUUGGCAACCACUGUGUUUACAACUUUCGUAAUUCUUCAGAAAGUUACACUAUUUUGUAUUACCUAUUACAAAUUAAGUUACAUAACUGUCAAUUCAAGUUAUUAUAAACUUUUGUCAUUAACAACAUUUCCCUUCGAUAUAUGCGCAGCUAAGAUGUUGUUUUUUUUUAAAAACAACGUUGAUGUAUAAUGUAUGGUUAUGUGCUCUGAUUUACUCUCUCUAAUAGCCAAAUCUCACGGUCAAAUAUGCAUCUUUAAAAAUUUAAAGAAGAGUCAACUAGAAUCUUUUUUGUUUGGUGCAUUUUUAGACCAAUUUUUAUGCUAGGAUAUUUAAUUAGCACGCAAAAGAAAUUGCGAAGUUAUAGGUGGUAAAUUGCUUGCCAUUUCCUUUAUAGAGGAACCUCACGAGUGACAUAAACUAGAACAUAAGCCGAGCUUCAGACGCGACUUAUGUUUGUGUACUUAAUUUUUUUUUCUCAAAGGCAAUCAUCGUCGUAGUGAAAGUCUAAUAUUCGAUUCAAUGGGUUUGGUUUUUGGUAAUUAAAUAUAUGUCUAUUUUUUUUUAAUAACAUGUCACAAAAAAGCAAACGUGAAAAUAGCAAAUGCAAUUUAGGAUUAAGUAUAAAAUUAUAUAAGGUUUUCUUAAUUUUCGUGUGUACCAUCCAAAUUGAUAAUAAUAGAUGCCUAUUAUAUGAUAAUUAAAGAAAAUUGAAUCUUUAAAAAUGUUACUAAUAAGUCGUAUUAUUAUUGAAAUGUUAGUCAUAAGUUGCACUGACGUGAUAUAUUGCAAGCAUAGUUACUCUUUGUCUUACAUCUAAAUUUGGCAAAAAAUGCAUUUGAUAUUCUAUUUAUAACUAAGGGCUAUCAACAAAUUGCAAACUGCCAC